AUGUCCGAGAUCCUGCCCUACAGUGAGGACAAGAUGGGCCGCUUCGGCGCCGACCCCGAGGGCUCUGACCUCUCCUUCAGCUGCCGCCUGCAGGACACCAACUCCUUCUUCGCGGGCAACCAAGCCAAGCGACCCCCCAAGCUGGGCCAGAUCGGCCGAGCCAAGAGAGUGGUGAUCGAGGAUGACCGGAUAGACGACGUGCUGAAAGGGAUGGGGGAGAAGCCGCCGUCCGGAGUGUAG